AUGUCGGUGCUGGGCGAGUACGAGCGACACUGCGACUCCCUCAAUUCGGACUUCGGGAGCGAGUCCGGGGGUGGCGGGGACUCGGGCCCGGGGCCCAGCGCCGGUCCGGUUCCGCGAGCCGGCGGCGGCACGGCGGAGCAGGAGGAGCUGCACUACAUCCCCAUCCGUGUGCUGGGCCGCGGCGCCUUCGGGGAGGCCACGCUGUACCGCCGCACCGAGGAUGACUCAUUGGUCGUGUGGAAGGAAGUUGAUUUGACUCGGCUCUCUGAGAAGGAACGUCGUGAUGCCUUGAAUGAGAUUGUUAUUCUGGCACUGCUGCAGCAUGACAACAUUAUUGCCUACUACAAUCACUUCAUGGACAAUACCACCCUGCUGAUUGAGCUGGAAUAUUGUAAUGGAGGGAACCUGUAUGAUAAAAUCCUUCGUCAGAAGGACAAGUUGUUUGAGGAAGAGAUGGUGGUAUGGUACCUAUUUCAGAUUGUUUCAGCCGUGAGCUGUAUCCAUAAAGCUGGGAUCCUUCAUAGGGAUAUAAAGACAUUAAAUAUUUUUCUGACCAAGGCAAACCUGAUAAAACUUGGAGAUUAUGGCCUAGCAAAGAAACUGAAUUCUGAGUAUUCCAUGGCUGAGACGCUUGUGGGAACUCCUUAUUAUAUGUCUCCAGAGCUCUGCCAAGGAGUAAAAUACAAUUUCAAGUCUGAUAUCUGGGCAGUAGGCUGUGUCAUUUUUGAAUUACUUACACUGAAGAGAACAUUUGACGCUACAAAUCCACUCAACUUGUGUGUGAAGAUUGUACAAGGCAUCCGGGCCAUGGAAGUUGAUUCCAGCCAGUACUCUUUGGAACUGAUUCAAAUGGUCCAUGCAUGCCUUGACCAGGAUCCAGAGCAGAGACCCACUGCAGAUGAACUUCUAGAUCGACCCCUUCUCAGGAAACGCAGAAGAGAGAUGGAGGAAAAAGUCACACUGCUUAAUGCACCUACAAAGAGACCAAGGUCAAGCACUGUGACUGAAGCACCCAUUGCUGUGGUAACAUCCCGAACAAGUGAAGUCUAUGUCUGGGGUGGUGGGAAAUCCACUCCCCAGAAACUGGAUGUCAUCAAGAGUGGCUGUAGUGCCCGGCAGGUGUGUGCAGGGAAUACCCACUUUGCUGUGGUCACAGUGGAGAAGGAGCUAUACACUUGGGUGAACAUGCAAGGGGGUACUAAACUCCAUGGUCAGCUGGGCCAUGGCGACAAAGCCUCCUACCGACAGCCAAAGCACGUAGAAAAGUUGCAAGGCAAAGCUAUCCGUCAGGUGUCAUGUGGUGAUGAUUUCACUGUCUGUGUAACAGACGAGGGUCAGCUCUAUGCCUUUGGAUCUGACUAUUAUGGCUGCAUGGGAGUGGACAAGGUUGCUGGCCCUGAAGUCUUAGAACCCAUGCAGCUGGACUUCUUCCUGAGCAAUCCAGUGGAGCAGGUCUCCUGUGGAGAUAAUCAUGUGGUGGUUCUGACACGAAACAAAGACGUCUACUCUUGGGGCUGUGGUGAAUAUGGACGACUGGGUUUGGAUUCGGAAGAGGAUUACUACACACCACAAAAGGUGGAUGUUCCCAAGGCCUUAAUUAUUGUCGCAGUUCAGUGUGGCUGUGAUGGGACUUUUCUGCUGACCCAGUCAGGCAAAGUGUUAGCCUGUGGACUCAAUGAGUUCAACAAACUGGGUCUGAAUCAGUGCAUGUCUGGAAUCAUCAACCAUGAAGCAUACCACGAAGUUCCCUACACCACUUCCUUUACCUUGGCCAAACAGUUGUCCUUUUAUAAGAUCCGUACAAUCGCCCCAGGCAAGACUCACACUGCUGCUAUUGAUGAGCGAGGCCGGCUACUGACCUUUGGCUGCAACAAGUGUGGACAGCUGGGCGUUGGAAAUUAUAAGAAGCGUCUAGGAAUCAACCUGUUGCGGGGACCCUUGGGUGGAAAGCAAGUGAUCAGAGUCUCCUGUGGUGAUGAGUUUACCAUUGCUGCUACUGAUGAUAAUCACAUUUUUGCCUGGGGCAAUGGUGGUAAUGGUCGCUUGGCAAUGACACCCACAGAGAGACCCCAUGGCUCAGAUAUCUGCACUUCAUGGCCUCGGCCCAUCUUUGGAUCUUUGCAUCAUGUCCCAGACCUGUCUUGCCGAGGCUGGCACACCAUUCUCAUUGUUGAGAAAGUAUUGAAUUCUAAGACCAUCCGUUCCAAUAGCAGUGGCUUAUCCAUCGGAACUGUGGUUCAGAGCUCCAGCCCAGGAGGUGGCAGCGGUGGCGGAAGAGAAGAAGAGGACAGUCAGCAGGAAUCUGAAACUCCUGAUCCAAGUGGAGGCUUCCGAGGAACAAUGGAAGCAGACCGAGGCAUGGAAGGUCUCGUCAGUCCCACCGAAGCCAUGCGGAUCAGUAGUGGGGCCAGCAGCUCCUGUCCUGGCUGGCUUCGAAAGGAGCUGGAAAAUGCAGAAUUCAUCCCUAUGCCUGACAGCCCAUCUCCCCUAAGUGCAGCUUUUUCAGAAUCUGAGAAAGAUACUCUGCCGUAUGACGAGCUACAAGGACUCAAGAUGGCUUCCGAAGAGCCUUUGGAACACAAGCCCCCAGCAGGAGCCUGGCCACCGCGGCUGAAUCCUGCAGGAACAUGUGCUGGGAAGGGAACACCCUUGGCUCCUACCUGUGCGUGCAGUACUCUGCAGGUGGAGGUUGAGAGAUUGCAGGGUCUGGUGUUGAAGUGUCUGGCUGAACAACAGAAGUUACAACAAGAAAAUCUUCAGAUUUUUACCCAGCUGCAGAAGCUGAACAAUAAAUUAGAAGGAGGGCAGCAGGUGGGGAUGCAUUCCAAAGGAACUCAGACAGCAAAGGAAGAGACGGAAAUGGAUCCAAAGCCUGACUUAGAUUCAGAUUCCUGGUGUCUCCUGGGAACAGACUCCUGUAGACCCAGCCUCUAG